AUGGCUGAUAGCUGGGGAACAGCCCCUGCACCCACUGACACCGCUGAUCCGGCCUGGGAAACAGAAACCUUGAGAUCGGCCCUCGCGGAUGUCACUCCACCUGCUAACGGCACUGCAACACCUGCUGGUCCACCUAAGAAUGAGGAAGCAUUGAAGGCUGCUCGUGAUGCUGGUUGGGUCCUGCCCAUAGCUCACAAUUACACCUCCAAAGUCCCAGUCAACGCCCUCAAUGGAGACGAGUCUGAAGCUCAACCUGACGCAGCGCCAGCAGCUGAAGCCGAAGGAGUAGAGGACACUCCCAAGUCUAGAUACCACACCAGCAAUUGGUCGCACGAUGCUGCCAAGUAUGAGUGGUCGGAGGAGUUUGGUGAUGUUGGUCCUCGUGAUGAGAAACUUGAAAAGGAGCUGUUCCAUGGCGAGUACAUCAAUCGUGCUGGAGCGAAGAUCGAGAAGCGAGUCCUUUUUCCUACCUUCUACCGAAUCCCUGCUGACAUCUCCAGUUACGCCACCGUGGAAGUUGCUGUCGAAUGCAAGACCCGUCUGAAGCCCAUCUCUAAUUGGGAGGAUGCCGGUCUGCACCCUGUUGUGCUUGAGAACAUCAAGUUGUGUGGCUACAAGCUCCCAACACCUAUCCAAGCCUACGCCAUUCCUUCUGUAAUCACUAAUCAUGACAUGAUUGGCGUCGCACAGACUGGCUCCGGCAAGACUGGCGCCAUGUUGAUUCCUGUCAUCUCCAAGCUUAUGGGUAAAGUCAAGAAAUUGGCUGCGCCUCGCCCCGGUCUGAACUUCGAUCCAAACCGCGAUCGAGUCCGAGCUGAACCUCUGGUCCUCAUUGUCGCACCAACUCGUGAGUUGUGCUGCCAGAUCUUCGAUGAAGCACGGCGCCUAUGCUACCGCUCGAUGCUUCGCCCCUGCGUUGCGUAUGGUGGUGCCCCUGUUCGCGAACAAGCGGCUCAACUUGAGCGCGGCUGCGACAUUCUCAUUGCUUCUCCCGGUCGCUUGAUCGACUUCAUGGGCCGUCCAGAACUCCUCUCUCUCGCCCGUCUCCGCUUCACCAUCAUUGACGAAGCUGACGAAAUGCUUCACGAGGAUUGGAAUGAAGAAAUGAGCAAGAUCAUGGAUGGUGGUGAUGCAAAUACUGAUGGUGAUCAUCGAUAUCUUCUGUUUUCCGCAACUUUCCCCAAGCGGUUGAAGAAGUUGGCUGCACGAUAUCUAGCAUCUGACUACGUCCAUGUUAGUAUCGGUCGGACUGGGAGUGUUCAUAUCAACGUCAAACAGAACAUUAUGUGGUGUGACCAAGACAAGAAGAUGAAGGCACUCUAUGACCUUCUCCUCUCCAUGCCCCCGUCUCGUACCUUGAUCUUUGUCAAGUUCAAGAAGACCGCAGAUUUUGUUGACGACUAUCUGUACAAUCUUGGACUGCCGUCGACCUCAAUUCAUUCAGACCGCACACAGAGUGAACGCGAAGACGCCCUACGUUCAUUCAAGUCUGGUGUGCAGCCUAUCCUGGUCGCCACUGGUGUCACCGCUCGUGGUCUUGAUGUUCGCAACGUGAUGCAUGUGAUCAAUUUCGAUCUUCCGGCUGCUGAUCAUGAUGGCAAGAACGAGUACGUUCAUCGAAUCGCAGGUCGCACUGCACGAAUCGGGAAUGAAGGUCUUGCAACGUCUUUUUACAAUGAGAAAGACGAUGCUCUUGGCCCUUUCCUCACCAAGAUUCUACUGGAAACCCACCAAGACGUCCCCGAGUUCCUUCAACACUUCAAGCCCGAAGGCGGUACUCUGAACUUCGAUGAAGAGGAGGAUCCAGACUUCGACGAAGUUGCUGCAGAUACAGGUGCUGGCGAUGAUGCUUGGGACGGUGGUGACGCUACUGCUGCGCCGAAUGCUGACAUGGCCGCGGGCGAUGCUUGGGGUGCUGGCGACGGUGCUAGUGCCGCAGCUGGUGCUGCGUGGUGA